CUGGCGAACAUGAGGAGCCCCGGAGAGGUGCUGAGAGAGGGCGAGCUGGAAAAGCGAAGCGACAGCCUGUUCCAGGUGUGGAAGAAGAAGCGCGGCGUGCUCACCACCGACCGCCUGAGGCUGUUCCCCACCGGCCUCGGCGCGCGCCCCAAGGAGCUGCGUUUCCACUCCAUCCUCAAGGUGGACUGCGUGGAGCGCACCGGCAAGUACGUGUACUUCACCAUCGUCACCACCGACCACAAGGAGAUCGACUUCCGCUGCGCGGGCGAGAGCUACUGGAACGCGUCCAUCACGCUGGCGCUCAUCGACUUCCAGAACCGCCGCGCCCUGCAAGACUUCCGCAGCCUCCGCGAGCGCGCCGCGGCCGCCGCGGCCGCCGCGGAGCAGGAGCCCGAGGAGGCCGGGGCGGGCGGCCAGUCCUAA